CAAGAGUUGAUUACUUCAGUUUUACUCUACACUAAGUCAAAACUAAGAAAUAGUCUGCAAUUUAGUAAAAAGCUUAAAUUGAUUAUCUCUAGUUCCUACCCAAGUAUAUUGAAAGAUGUCUAUUGAAACCUCCUUAUCCUACGCUGCCUUAAUCUUGGCUGAUUCUGAUAUUGAAAUCAGUGCUGAAAAAUUAGCUCAAUUAACUUCUAAAGCUAAUGUUGAAGUUGAAUCUAUCUGGACUGAUAUCUAUGCUAAAGCUUUAGAAGGUAAAGAUUUGAAAGAAUUAUUCUUCAACAUCACUGCUGCUCCAGCUGCUGGUGCUGGUGCUGCCGCUGGUGGUGCUGCUGCCGCUGAAGGUGAAGCUGCUGCUGCUGAAGAAAAGAAAGAAGAAGAAGCUAAAGAAGAAUCCGAUGAUGAUAUGGGUUUCGGUUUAUUUGAUUAGAUUUAAUAUUCUAAUAUAUAUUUAAUAACUAAUUAGGAGAAUUUUAAUGAGAUCAUUUUCUUUUAUUUGUAUACUUUAGUUUAUAUAAUCAAUUAAAUAAAAAGCAAAACAUU